CAUAAUGCACCGCCGUUUUCAUAAACGGAUGUUUCCAAACCGACACAUGGGUUGUAGUUUUAGUGAUUGUUUGAAUGAUUCAUUCCCUAACCAAACGCAAGUGUGUUUUAACAUUAUUUUUUUCACAUUAAGAUGAAAGUAAAAGUACUUUCGAGGAACCCGGACGACUACGUCCGGGAGACCAAAUUGGAUAUUCAGCGUGUUCCCAGAAACUAUGACCCUACACUUCAUCCAUUUGAGGUGUGCAGAGAAUACACCCGGGCCCUUAAUGCCACGAAACUGGAUAGGGUGUUUGCAAAGCCUUUCCUGACCGCAUUGGAUGGACACAGAGAUGGUGUGAACUGCAUGGCCAAGCACACCACGAGCCUAUCCACAUUGUUGUCUGGCUCUUGUGAUGGGGAGGUUAAAGUGUGGGAUCUCUCCAAACGUGAAUGCCUCCGCACGAUCCAAGCCCAUGAAGGAUUUGUCCGCGGAAUGGUUGUUCGCUUCUGUGGAACUUCGUUCUUCACGGUUGGGGAUGACAAAACAAUCAAACAGUGGAAAAUGGAGGCCCCAGGUUAUGGUGAGGCUGUGGAGCCACUUAACACAAUUCUGGGCAAGACAGUCUACACAGGGCUUGCCCAUCAUCAGAAAGAAGGUGUGUUUGCAACAUGUGGCCAGCAGGUGGACAUCUGGGAUGAGCAAAGAACCAGCCCCAUCCGUUCUUUCACCUGGGGUGUGGACAGCUUCAGCUCUGUCCAUUUUAACCCAGUGGAGACUGAACUUCUUGCGAGCUGUGCCUCUGACAGAAGUAUCAUACUGUAUGACAUGAGAGAGGCUGCUCCGCUAAAAAAAGUUAUUAUGACAAUGAGGAGCAACACCUUGUGCUGGAAUCCGAUGGAGGCCUAUUAUUUUACAUCUUGCAAUGAAGACUAUAAUCUUUACACGUAUGAUAUGAGAUACCUAAACAAGCCGGUCAUCGUACACGUAGAUCACGUGUCUGCAGUGCUGGAUGUUGACUAUUCCCCUACUGGCAAAGAGUUUGUGUCUGCCAGUUUUGACAAGACGAUCCGCAUCUUCCCCAAGGAUGCUGGCCAUAGUAGGGAGGUCUACCAUACCAAACGCAUGCAGCAUGUCAUCUGCGUAAAGUGGUCGGCCGAUAACCGUUACAUUUUGAGUGGAUCGGAUGAAAUGAAUAUCCGUCUGUGGAAAGCUUCCGCAUCUGAGAAAUUGGGAGUUCUCGCACCCCGUGAGAAGAAUGCCGCCAACUACCGCGCUAAGUUGAGAGAGAAGUUUAAGCACUUCCCGCAGAUCAGACGCAUUGCUCAGCAUCGACAUCUCCCGAAGGCCAUCUACUACCAGGCUAAGGAGCUGAAGGCAAUGAAAGACGCUCGCCGCAGAAAGGAGAAGAAUGUCCGCUCGCACAGCAAACCAGGAAGUGUGCCUGUGUUGUCCGAAAAGGAGAAGCACGUUGUGACUGUGGUCAAAUAAAUUAAAAAAAACUAAUGGACAACAUCUGCAGAUGCAUCACAGAUGCCAAGGGCGUGAUUAGACUGUUCUCUUUUUGGAAUCGUGCAAGCACCCUUUCACCUGAUGUUUGUACAAGUCAAAACACCCACAUUCUGUCUUUCAAAUUCUAUUUGAUGUUCGUCACUUCCAUUGAGAAGUGAUUCCCAACCACAGUGCCACAGAGAUCAUCUGCAGUGCUGUGGGAAAUUGUCCGCUUCAUUUGUCGGAAAAUUAUUGUUUAUUAAUAACAUCUGUCUAUGCCAACAACAUGAAGUGACGGGCGGAACAAUUCAUUACUUUUUAAGGAACAAUAAACGGUGCAUCUACCUGUUGCCAUUCAUACAACGGAAUAACUCAUGGCUAUCUCUGAAUAUAUAUUCUUUGUGUUAGAGUCAACAGCCCCAGAUUUCAUACGGAAUAGGUAAAUUUGUGAGUAAACUGAGAGGAGGUCGUUAUUGCAGUGUUCAUACUUUUUGUGACACUUUUGUUUGGUGGUGUGUUGUAAGAUUUCUAACAUCAAAUUGAUUGCCUCCACACAAAAAAAUGUCAGGAAUCACUGCUGUCAAAGCAGUCACGAUUCACGUUCAUGUGAUUCUAACCAAUUCAACCACCUUGAGACCUACAGUACAUUUAUUCAUUUCCCACAGUGACUGUCCUCAUUUGGGGCAGAGAUGUGUGGAAUCCAUAUUUACCCAAAUUAAGCAAAAAUGAACAAAAUACCAGAGUUACUUUGUUUUCCUCAAUGAGGUAAAUGUUUUCGCAGUUAUACGAUAGAGACGAGCUCGGCGUCAGUAUUUUGUCGAAUAUGUUCUCUUCAAAUGUAUAGAAAUUCUGACAUUGAAUAGAGAUGUGUUGUGUUGCGUAGUAUUGCAAUAAAUCAAUU